UGUCACAUGUUUAUGGGUGAAAGACCCGCCCCCUCUACUUUCAUUGGCUGUUGCAGUAGCUAUACAGUUCCUCAAAUGUUGCCGACCCGAAUCAGCAAUGGGUUUGUGUGUUCGCUUCCUGCCUAAUUAAGCAUCUCUCAUCAGGACAACCAGCUGGCAGGACCAGGGUUGGAGAAGCAGACAGCCAGGCUCCAAAUGCUCUGCGGCGCCUCCACCUGGUUUGAGGUAAUGAAGUGCGUCUGGGUGCUUCUCAGCAUCUGGGCUCCAGGCUUGGUCACCCUGAGUGUCCGACAGAGCGUCCCUUCCCUGCUCCCCAACACCCCCUUCUUGAUGGUGUGGAAUGCCCCCACCCAGCCCUGCAUGACAAAAUACAACGUGGACCUGGACCUGAGUCUGUUCGACAUCGUGCUGAACCAGAACCAGAGCUUCAUGGGAGACAACAUCACCAUCUUCUACGAGGACAAACUGGGGCUCUACCCUCAUUACGACUCCCCGGGGAAGCCAGUCAACGGGGGGGUCCCCCAGAACGGCAGCCUUCCAGAACACCUGCUGGUUGCCGGGGUUGAGAUCCGGGAGGACAUCCCUCACCCUGACUUUAGCGGCCUGGCCAUCGUUGACUGGGAGAGCUGGCGGCCCCUGUGGGUGCGUAACUGGGACUCGAAGACGGUGUACUGGGAGGGCUCGAGGACGCUGGUGAGGGAGAAGCACCCCGACUGGCCACCCAGCAAAGUGGAAGAAGCAGCCCAGAAGGAGUUCCAGGAGGCUGGGCGAUCUUUCAUGGAGGGGACCCUCAAGCUCGGCCUCAGCCUGAGACCGGGCGGCUGGUGGGGCUUCUAUGGCUUCCCAGCCUGCUACAACUACCAGUACAAGAACUCUACUGCCAACUACACGGGACAAUGCCCCCAGCUGGAGAUGAAGCGCAAUGACGAGCUGGGCUGGCUGUGGAAUGCCAGCUCGGCCUUGUACCCCAGUAUCUACCUGGAUUCAGACCUGCAUGACAAGGAUGACUGCAUCCGAAAGUUUGUUCACUACCGGGUGCUGGAGGCCAUGAGGGUAGCGGGACAGGUGGUGCCCGUCAGUCCUCCUGUGCUGCCCUACGCCCGCAUUUUUUACGCCUACACUUUGAAAUUCCUCACACAGGAGGACUUGAUUCACACCAUCGGUGAAAGUGCUGCUCUGGGAGCAGCUGGAGUAGUGCUGUGGGGAGAUGCGCACUACGCACAGUCACAGGAGGUGUGCCAGGCAGUGAAGGAGUAUGUGGACGGGAUGUUGGGGCGAUACCUGGUUAACGUGACGGCUGCGGUGACCCUGUGCAGCAACACUGUGUGCUCGGGGCGUGGCCGCUGCCAGAGGAAAGACAGCGGCUCAGCCACCUACCUGCACCUGGACCCUCGGAGCUGGGCCGUGGUGUCGAACCCAGGUCCCAAGAGGGUACAGUUUAGCGUGCGGGGACGACCGGGCAAGUGGGAACUGGCUGAGAUGGAGGCCCAGUUUGGAUGCCAGUGCUACCAGGGUUGGGGCGGGAGUCAUUGUAAAAAGCGGAUGUAGUUUGUGCAGCUGCUAUUUGGGUUAUUGUGUGGAGACUCGUCCCUCACCAGACCCUAGCUGAAUGCCAACAACAAGCUGAGUCAAGUAGACAAAUGUUAAGAGAACCUCUGAAUGCAUGAUUGUGUGUUUAAAACAACGGGAACAGGGUUGCAGAACAUCCAAAAUCUUCAGGGCACAGACUCUGAACCUUCAGGAAAUUCCAAACCUUCCGGAACCAAUUAAUGACACAUUUAGAAUUCACAAAAGAUGAAAGCUAUAGGCUAGGCUUAAUAUUUCUAUUCCACAUCGAAUCUGACAAGAGAUUGGAUUAGCUGUGCAAAAAAAAUAGUUCCUUUCGGCUCCCGAAAGACUAGAACACAGUAAACACCUGGGUACCUGGGUUCCAUGCAAGACAUGUGCUGCAUGGUCUUAAAAUGCCCCUUCCUAGACCUCGGUGCUUUGAGCAAUCCUUUAAAAGGACUCCACGCAGCCUGUGGUAGAUGCAUCAUGUGGAUACUUAACAUAGUUCCCAAGUACAGUAAUCUAAAUCUAUUCAUUCAAGUAUUUCACAAUGAAAAGGUGUACUAAACUGUAGCCCUUUUUAUAAAAAUGGCCCAAUGUCUUGGGUUAGUAACAGGUUUUAGAGAAAUAUCCCACACCAGUGUUACAAGACCACCAGCUCCUAUCAAGAUGUUCUGCCCAAAAACAAAACAAAAAAAAAGAGCCCUGCACUGGAAGCAGUGCGGUUUGGGCUGAACUGUACCCUGUGCACCUCAUGUUAAUCUGUUUUAAAAAAUAAAAUGUUUACAAUGCAUUUACUUUUUUAUUGAGCGUUUCAUUGCAUUACUUGAAUUGUAAAUUUGUAACCAUAGACGGUCACUACUUCAUUGGAACUACAGCGGUACUGCACCGGACUUCAGGAGAGACGAAUCCAGUGUUGCCAGGUCCUCCCUGCUUUUCUAACAGUAAACACAAACAAUUAGGCUGUCCAAUAUAUAUACUGAACUUAAGAGACAAUUCAUGCAAGUAGCACUGAAAUCCAACUUUAGAUAACACCAGAAGCACAUCAUUUUAAAUCCUAUUACAGUAGAUUCUUGUUAAUUACAUGGCCCAGGUGCCUACUGUAACAGUUUCAU